UUUGCUCAUCUCUAGUUGCAAGAAGUUUCGAAUAGGGGAAGAUAACGUUCGAUGAUGGUUCACGAUGUUCUUUAUCGCGACGAUAUAUACACAAAGUUAUCGCCCGUUUAUAUCAAUGCGUUGUAGAUCGAAGUUACCAAGAAAUCGCGAACAGGAGAAUUCGUCCGCUCCUGCGAACGUGGAGUUGAACGAAGCGAAAGAGAGAAAGGCGAGCAUAGUUUCUUGCCGCCUUAAUGUUGGCAGCGCUCGCGCCAAGAGCCGCCAAACCGGUCGAGCAGAGCCGUCGAGACGCCGAGAGACGUUUGGGCUGCGUGGUGCCUGGGUAAACAAAAGAUGGUACGAAACGGCGUCGUGUAACGCGACUCGUGACUGUAAAAGGUGUCCCGACGGCGACGCUGCCGAGAGUCAACGCGACAAUCGAUUUGCAAAUCGAUUAUCCUCACCUGUUGCACUUUCGCGGUCGCCUCUGUUGGAGAACCGAGAGAAAUGUCAGUCAGAGCGUCCGCGAUGUGAUAAAAUUUUUAAACUAGUCUACAGCGAUUGGUCGAUACGAUCGAUGGCCACGAAAAUCAAAAUGGAACAUGUACGAAGCUACAUCGAUCCGCAAAUCGGUAAUCCUUCGAAAAACACGACGAACCUUAUCGAGUGGAACGUAGAUAUGAAUGUGACCAUUUCGAAUGUGAAGAAAUCAAAGUUGUUCCAAAGAUCGCGCGGUAUCGUUCUCUUUUUUUUGGUGAUUAUUUUCGCAGUUACCCUAUCGCACCUCAGAAAGGAAGUGCGUGCUUUGCAGGCGCAGAUGCAAUCUGUGAACGUGAACUUACUAGUACUGAUGUCCAAGUACGACAGGCUGAACAGAAGCUUCAAUCGAGCAUGGAGUCAACGAUCGGACAAGAUUCAUCAGCACAGGAACAUGCACGACGUGAAACGGCUCCUGGAUGGAUCGACGUCCAUCUCGAAAGUCGUCGAAAUAUUCGACGACGUUCGUAACGCAAACAAUCGAAGCACGUACACUUAUAACCCCGUUGCCCCGUAUUUAAAUUCGAACAAAAAUUCGAAAGACAAAUACUUGUCCAGGGACGACGUUCAUGGUACGAAUAAUGAAAACGAUAUACCGAUUACGAAACCGUUGACAGAUGUAGACGACUACGACGAUAACUUCGACAAGGAUGAAACUAAUUUACGGAUCGAAAGAGCGGUACUGACGAUAGAAAAGCAAAAUACUACGAGCACGCAAAUUAAUACAAACCGGGACGUAGAUGUUUCACACGAUAACGACGAUGACGAUGACUACAACGAUCACGAGUUAGAUAUAUGGAAAGAACCUCGUACUGGAAGGGCAAGAAGGGACGAGAGAAGAGGUAAAAAACGGAGAAAGAACAAAAGGCGGCCCAAACGUAGUCACAGGCGAUUGGGACCACUGGUGGCAACGUUUGUUGGGGCGAUUCCUGAGCAGCAUGUCACAGACACAGUUUACAUUGGUCCGUGGGUCAAAAGCACAAAAAACGAUACUCAGUUCAGUCUGACCAAAUUCCAUUUAGUCGAAGAUAAAAAGUCCAUAGAAGUUACAGCGACCGGUUUAUACAUGAUUUCUGCACAGAUUUUUUAUUUUGGCGAACCGACGAAUUAUUCAUACUGGAUACUUUUAAGUUCAGAAGGCAAAUCUAGAACACAAAAACUCGUCAAAUGUUCAACAUCGUCUUCGACAACGGCCACGGAAGUGUCGUGUUAUACUAGCGUAAUCACACAAUUACAAAGAGGCGACAGAGUUCACAUACAACAGCAGGAGAAAGACAGAUUAAUCAAUAUGCGAGAAGGGCACAGUUACGUACAACUCGUACUUUUGUCCAACAAUAUUCGUAAAAAACGUCUACGAUGAAACAAUAACGAUACAAAUAUAAGCUGAAAUUGUGCCAUGAAUAAUUUACGCAAAAAUGAUUACCAUUUACUUUAAUUCAGGGACUUGCUAUGAUUUUCAUACCGGUAUUGUGCUAGCAAAGCUAUACUGAAACCGAAAUAAAUACCGGUAUUAUUUCGUCAGAAGGUAGUAAAAAUGGUAGUAUUUAUUUUGGUUUUGGUAUUAAAGUAAUUUUAAUACUAUAUCGGUUUCGAUAUAAAAGGCUGGUAACAUGAUUAUGCAAAACUAAGCAAAAAUCUGUGAAGGUGAUGAUCCUCUCAAUCCUUUUGACAUUAACAUUGACUAUAGUCAUCUAUCGUUCCACUCUCGUAGUAUUCUACCGAUGACUAUAGUCACGUUAAAAUUUUACACAUAUUACUAAACAAUUUUUUAAAUUUGAUUAUCCCACCAUGUAUGUACUAAGAUUUUACAUUUAUAGACGAUACAAUUUGAACAAGAAACUAAUAAUUUAAUUAUAAGUAUCAGAUCUCAACGAAUUUAUCGAUGUAUAGGUAUGUGACCUUAAAAAAUCGCUUGUUAUGUAUAUAAGUUUUAUGAAAAUGAUAAAAUUAAAAAAUCAUGCAGUUACUUUUUGCGAAAAUAUUGUUUUUUAAAUCCGAUGAAAAUUUCUUGUAAAAAUAACUUUCGAAUACGAAAACACCAGCCUCUCUUUUUCUUUCAUUUCUCUUCCCGUAAGCGAAUCUCAGAUUUGAUGUACAGUCGUUUUAAGAAUGCAUAAUGGAUAAGAACUGUACAAAAGAAUAAUGUUGGAUUGUAAAUAAAUUAAAUGGUGCUCAUUUUCUUUAGUAUGUUCUGGACUUUAUUAGGAAUUAAUUGAAAUUUACACCGACAUUAUACCUUUGUACAUUUAGCGUUUAGUUUAAGAACGAAAAAACAAUUGACGAUGUGAUGUUAUGUUUUAAGAGUCAAUAAGAUUUAAUGCAAGUUAAUGCGUCAUUACACAAUGCCAAGAUAUAACGUUUUCGUGUUGUUACAAUAUUAUUAGGAUCGAGGCCAUAUUGUUGAAAAACUAUUUUAAGAAGAUUGUAAAAGUAAAGACGUCGCAUAGAAUAUAUUUUUCAGUUUUCUUUUUUUUUUUUACAUUUUUCAUUUGUUUACACUUAUAUUUCGAUGUUAAUGUCAAACACAAAAUAUAAAUAAACGAAGCAGAAAAAUUUUCACACAAUACUUGAUGAAUUUUAGAUCACGAAGAUUAUUCCGAAUGAUUUAUAGAAAUCGUACCUUUCUUUUUCAUUCGUAAAAAUAUAUUCUUUAAUCGCAGAUUAUAUCACAGUUGUUUUUCGAACUUGUGGAUCUUAUAAAUUCAGUCUUUUCGAACGUAAGUUACUACCUUUCUACGAAUUUCUCCGUUCGAAAUGUAAAAAAGUCACUGGAAUCCUCUUGAAAAACAACGUCGAUGCCAGUCAUGUGGCAGAUGUUGCUCGGCUUCAUUCAAUGGUUGCAUGACGGCACAGUUGUUAUCAAC